AUGCUGGCUAAGAACGCCUGGCGGAUACUGACGUCCCCGGAUUGUCUCCUAGCGCGCCUGUUACUAGGAAAAUACUGCUUCAAUACGAGCUUCCUCACGUCUCCUUGUCCUACCUCGGCGUCUCACGGCUGGCGAGGUGUAAUUGCGGGACUUAAUCUUCUUAAGCUGCAGCUUGGUAAGGCAAUCGGAAAUGGGAACUCUACCAAGGUCUGGAAUGACUCCUGGAUCUCGACGACCUCUCACAUCGUCGUCUACGGUCCACCAACAGAGGCUACAAGAGAUCUCUACAUCUCUGACCUCCUACUUCGAGGAACAGGUGAGUGGAACCGCCACAUGGUAGAGGCUGUUCUUCCCGAACUAGCUGAGGAUAUCUACCAAAUCAAACCGAGUAUUUUCCAAGUUGAGGACACCUUUUGCUGGCAGAAGACAAAGUCCGGUAUCUAUAGCGUCAAAUCCGGAUAUUACGCAAUGCGCGAAGAUCAAAGGAAUCAACAUCAACAACAUCUCCCUGUGGCUACUUUUGACUGGCAGAAGUUCAUCUGGCGUGAAACGACAUCACCGAAACUGAAAAUCUUCCUGUGGAGGUUGUGUCGGGGAGCUCUCCCACUCGGGGCAAACCUUCGUAGUCGGGGAAUCAACACGCCGGGCCUCUGCCCUCACUGCAACGAGGAUGAAACGGCGAUGCACCUGUUUUUGCUAUGUCCUUUUGCGGCUCAGGUGUGGGAAAGAGCCCCUUACGUUACCCAGCCUAACUUCUCUGAUGCGAAAACACUCCAUGAUGCCUUUCUGCUCAUGUCGACAAUGGUGAGUCUCCCGCCCACAGGGGUGUCAACGUGCCUCACCUCCUGGCUUCUGUGGAAUAUAUGGACUGCUCGGAACUUGCUAGUCUUCGAAAACAGACAGAUCCCGGCGACUACCGUGGUUUCCAAGGCAUGCUCUUCUGGUCGUGAAUGGUUACAGGCACAGGUGCCGACAUCCACACAAUUGCGACCUGCUCUCUUAGAGUUCGAAAUCCCGCCAACACGAAUGGACGUGACGCUCUGCAAUUCUGAUGCGGCGUGGUCGUCGGCAAACCACCGAGCGGGUCUUGGCUGGUGUUUCACGGAUCUACAAUCUACUGUUAUCCAGGAACAAUCCCGCGCACUGGCACAUAUCUCCUCCCCCCUCGUAGCGGAAGCGCUGGCUAUGAGGGAAGCAAUGCUGGAAGCUAAGCGCCUAUCUCUAACAAAAGUCUGGUUCCGAACCGACUCACGGGAGCUCGCGAGAGCUAUCUUCUCGGAGUCUUAUCGGGUGGAGCUCUUCGGGGUUCUCAUGGAUAUCGAGAUUCUAUCAUCAUCCUUUAUCUUUUGUUUUAUUUCCUUUGUUGGGCGAGAGUACAAUGUUGCAGCUGAUUCCCUAGCGAAAGCUGCACUCUCUUGUUCCUCCCCCGCCUUGUAUUGA